GCCGGAGCUAGCCCGGGUGAAGUAAACAGAAGUUGCGCGGAGGAAGGCCGCAGGAACCGUCGCGACGUAAAAAAGAGCCGCCGCUGCAGCUCUUUCUCCGACCCCGCGGCCGGCACUGCCGCCGCCGCUUCCUCGUCACCAUGGGGAAGUCAUUCGCCAACUUCAUGUGCAAGAAGGACUUUCACCCGGCCUCCAAGUCCAAUAUUAAAAAGGUAUGGAUGGCAGAACAGAAAAUAUCUUAUGAUAGAAAGAAACAAGAAGAAUUAAUGCAGCAAUAUCUUAAAGAACAAGAAUCUUAUGAUAACAGAUUGCUUAUGGGAGAUGAACGUGUCAAGAAUGGUCUAAAUUUUAUGUAUGAAGCGCCACCUGGAGCAAAGAAAGAGGUCUGUGAAUUGCAUGAUCUGAAUGUUUUUGAUAUCCCGAUUGCCUACUCAUCUAAUGGUCUGCCUUAUCCUAUUCCCUACCAUUUCAUCAUGAUCAUCAAACAAGAAACUAAAGAGCAAGAGGGAGAAACUGAAUACAAAUUUGAAUGGCAGAAGGUAGCUCCACGUGAAAAGUAUGCUAAGGAUGACAUGAACAUUAGAGACCAGCCAUUUGGCAUCCAGGUGAGGAAUGUGAGGUGCAUUAAAUGUCACAAGUGGGGCCACGUAAACACAGACCGAGAAUGUCCUUUAUUUGGCCUUUCUGGAAUUAACGCAAGCUCUGUUUCCAGUGAUGGCGCAGGGCCAUCAAUGCACCCCUCAGAGCUAAUAGCGGAGAUGAGAAACAGUGGGUUCGCGCUGAAACAAAAUGUACUGGGGAGAAACUUGACCGCAAAUGAUCCAUCCCAGGAAUACGUUGCAAGUGAGGAAGAAGAUGACCCAGAAGUAGAAUUUCUGAAAUCCUUGACAACUAAGCAAAAGCAAAAACUUUUGAGAAAGCUAGAUCGCCUAGAGAAGAAGAAGAAGAAGAAGAAGAAGAAAGACAAAAAGAAGAAAAAGCAGCAGAAGCGGAAAAGCAAAAAUAAAGACAGAAAACAUAAGAGCAGAUCCUCUUCCACAUCCUCCAGCGAGUCCUCAGCAAGCAGCAGUGAUUCUGAUGAGAAGGGGAAGAAAAAACUUUACAAAGAUCCCUCCAGCAGCCAUGAUAACAAGGGCAAAGAUAGAGAGAAGUCUCGGCUUUUAAAAGAAGGUCCUUCUUGGGAGAACGACAGAUGGGGCUCCAGUGAGAGCAAAAGAAAUCCCACAAGCAGAAAAGGAAACUCAGAGGGGAGAAAAGAAUCGGAACGACCCGGACACGCAAGCAGGAGCCACAGCAAGGGGGAGAGGAGCAGGCAAAGCUCUGAUUCAAGGCAGCGGGCGCACAGUCCCCGUGAGGAACGAGACAAGAGUAAGGAAGUAAAAAGCCACAGUUCAGAGGUAAGCAGAGAGCAAAGGAAGCGUAAAGAGAGCCACCCUGAUGAAUAUGGCAAGAGGGAGCACCGAGAAAGAAGCAAAGAGAGGAGAAAAUAGAGAAAGUGGAUAGCCUGUGCAUUUUUUUUCUUUCUUUAUUUUUUUUACGCCUCUUGGGAAGGACUCCUGUUGUGCUCUUCUACGUCUCAUAAGUUCUCAGAAAAAUCUCAGCCUCCUGCUUCAAACAUUCUUGAAUAUAUGUUGUAUCUAUUAGGUAACAAGUAAAUAAACACAAACCAGGGUUUUCUUUUGGAAUCAUUUAAUUGAGGAGGUGGAGGGGAGAGGGAAGAAAAGUUAUUUGGUACAUCUAGCUUUCUUUUGCAAUUGAUAUUAGUGUGCAGAAAAAGGAGUCAGUACUGAAGUUUCAACAAUAACAUGUUUCUUUCUUUAAAAUAAUACAUCUAGACAAGCCUUGCAAGAAGCAAAAGAAGCUGUUCCAGAGACAUGGAAUUAUUUUGUUUGCAUUUAAUGUGGUUUGGAAUAAAAUUCCAGUACAGAGGCAUAAAAACUGGGUUAUUUUGAUCUGAACUUUUAGUUUCUUUUUCGCGGACGUUUUCCUAAGUAAAAGCAACAGAGCAGCAUUGUUCAACAUAUGCCAAUAUGUUUUGUCCUUGUGAAAGUAUAUCUUCAUCACAGCUAUCUAAAUAUGUGAACUUCCAUUGUCAGUUAUUUUGCAGCGCUUGAGAAAAGUAUUUUUUGUGUUCAGAAUUUCUAAGUAAUGUGUGCUACAGAAAUAUAAUGUCCAUUCCUAUCUUAUUAAACUGCAGAUUGUCAUUAUUAAGAUGUGAAGGAUGUGAUAGUCCUCAUCAGUCGGACAUCAAGCAAUUUUGCUGUCUUGCUAUAGUUUAAAUUUUCUUUAUUAAUGCUUGUUUUUCUGUAUUGUUUUGUAUCAUCAUGCUGAGAUUUUUGCAUAAAAAUGAAAUGUGACUCACUUUGCAAAACUGAGCUGUGAUGUAUGUUACAUCUUUACCUUUUAUCAUAAGUUUUAUAAUAAAACUUAUACAAUUAAACUCCGUGGCCUUUGAAUAUGAAGUGGUAGUAUUUUCACAGAAUGAAAAUACAUUCUAUGGCCUUAUUAAUAUUAUCAAUAAAAAUAAUAUAUAAACUAGA